AUGCUCAGAGUAUACAAAGACGCCCCGCGACGCCUCCCACGACUGCACCCCAGUCUGGUUCACAAUCCUAACCGCAUCCGCAUCCCUCUCCCCCUCCAGCACCUUCCUAACAAGCAGCCUUCCAAGACUCGGAUCCCCCGCCCCCAGCUUCCUCAACAACCCCGGGUCCCCGCCGAGUGCCACGCCAAGACGAGCAUGUUCAGCGCCGUCUUGCUGACGCGGUACCCCGUCGGCGCAAAAUGGCUUGCCGGCUUCGGCCACCCGGCCGCGGGCGCCUCGCCGGGCCAGAACUCUUCAGCGAACCGCGCGAGGUGGGCCGUCCCGCUGGUGAGGAAGAGCACGCGCGGAUCGUCGGGGCCUAUCAGCAGCGGCGCGAAGCGGAGCGUCACGACGUGCUGGCCCGACACCGUUGUUCACCAGGUAAUUCAGGCGGCCGUGCUUCCACUGGACGAGCUCAAAGACGCGGGCGAUCGAUUCAUCGCUGUCGACGUCGAUCUGGACGACUUCGAGGGUGCUCGCCGUGGAGGGGACGUCGUCGCGGAGUUGCGCGGCGGCGGCCGCGCCCUCCUCCGUAGAUCUGGAUCUGAGAAGAAUGUGGUAUUAUGUGUCGGAGGAGAGGAGCGCUUUGAUGGUCUCGUAGCCGAUGCCGGUGUUGGCGCCUGUUAUGAGGGCGACUCGUUUGGCGGAUAUUGUCUGCUUUUGAACCUUUUUGGCCGCGGGUGA